AGAAGUAGUUAAACACGGUUCGAAGAAAGAGAGAGGGAGAGAGUUUAACAUGAUGAAGUUUUUCACGCUAUUUUUAGCUGUAUCUACAGUUCUUUCAUACCCAAAUAACAAAGACAGUCAGGAUGAUUGCGGGAAAGCAGUUGCCGUUUUAAGUGGUAAAGUGCAAGGUAUAAUUACAUUUCGCUCAAAUAAUUACUAUGGAAAUACCGAGAUUACAGGAGAAUUAACUGGCUUAAACCCUGGUUUACAUGGGUUUCACAUUCACGAGAGUGGAGAUUUGAGUGAAGGUUGUAAAAGCGCUGGUGGUCAUUAUAACCCGUUUAAUUUUGAACACGGCUCAUCAACUGAUUGGAAUCGACAUGUAGGAGAUCUCGGAAAUAUUGAAGCAGAUAAGGAUGGGAAAGCUACGAUUAAGAUCUCCGAUCAUCAAGUGAAGUUAUUUGGAUACUACAGUGUCAUUGGACGAGCUCUUGUUGUGCAUCAAAAGAAGGAUGAUUUGGGGAAAGGAGGAGAUCUUGAAAGUAAAAAGACUGGUAAUGCUGGUGCCAGAGUUGGCUGCGCAGUAAUUGGACAUUCUAAAUAAAUAUGGUAUAAAUUAACUAAUUAUUAUUAGUUAUUUUGUACGAAUUUGUCUUUAUCUGCUAUCUGUUGCAUAAUAAAAUAACAUUUCCAAUA